UCCGCCUCACUUCCCCUGGCGUCAGAGACCACGCCCCCUUUUCUGGCUGGCUCACUGCGGUGACCAUCAAUGGAUCGGCGGUUGUAAUGGAAGGAUCGGAUGGCGUUACCGUGGGGGGAGACGGGUGUGGGCCGGACCACGUGUGUCAGAAUGGAGGGGUGUGUUCUGUCGUCGAGCGGAAGAACGUUUGCGACUGUACCGACACCGGCUACAAAGGCAACGACUGCAGCGAAGGUCUGGCUCACCUGAUGAUCGGCGACCAAGGAAAGCUCAGAGCCCGUGAGGACUUCUUAGCAACAUUUAAGGGAUCAGAGUAUUUCUGCUAUGACCUGUCUCCCAGCCCCAUCCAGUCCUCCAGCGAUGAGAUCACCCUGAGCUUUAAGACCCUGCAGAGGAACGGCCUGAUGCUCCAUACAGGAAAGUCGGCUGACUACGUCAACCUGGCCUUAAAGAACGGAGCCGUGUCACUGGUCAUCAACCUGGGGUCCGGGGCUUUCGAGGCCCUGGUGGAGCCGGUUAACGGGAAGUUUAACGAUAACGCAUGGCACGAUGUCAAGGUCACGCGCAACCUGAGACAGCACUCAGGCAUUGGACACGCUAUGGUGACCAUCUCUGUGGACGGCAUUCUGACCACUACGGGCUACACCCAGGAAGACUACACCAUGUUGGGCUCAGACGAUUUCUUCUAUGUGGGAGGAAGUCCCAGUACUGCCGACCUCCCUGGAUCUCCUGUUAGCAACAACUUCAUGGGCUGCCUCAAAGAGGUGGUGUAUAAGAACAAUGAUGUACGGUUGGAGCUGUCUCGGCUGGCUAAGCAGGGAGAUGCUAAGAUGAAGGUGAGCGGUAUGGUGGCGUUUAAGUGUGAGAGUGUGGCGACCCUCGAUCCUGUGACCUUUGACACCCCGGAGUCGUUUGUGGCAUUAAGCAAGUGGAGCGCCAAGAAGGCGGGGUCAAUCUCCUUUGACUUCAGAACGACAGAACCCAACGGACUGAUGCUCUUCAGCCACGGGAAACCACGGCAGCAGCAGCGCAAAGACCCCCGCACACCCCCCACGCUAAAGGUGGAUUUCUUUGCCAUCGAGAUGCUGGAUGGUCACCUGUACUUGCUGCUGGACAUGGGCUCAGGAACCACCAAGACCAAGGCCAUCGACAGGAAGGUCAAUGAUGGGGAGUGGUACCAUGUCGACUUCCAGAGGGACGGGCGCUCAGGUACUAUCUCAGUGAACUCACAGCGUACAGCGUACACGGCUCCAGGGGACAGUGAGAUUCUAGACCUGGAUGAUACUCUGUACCUAGGAGGAUUACCAGAGGAUCGCCAAGGACUCAUCUUCCCUACUGAGGUGUGGACAGCGUUAUUGAACUACGGCUAUGUCGGCUGCGUGAGAGACCUGUUUGUGGACGGUCAGAGUAAGGACAUCCGUCGUCUGGCUGAGGUUCAGAGGGCUGUAGGGGUUAAACCCUCUUGCUCCAGAGAGCCUCCUAAACAGUGUCUGUCCAACCCCUGCCAACACAGCGCCACCUGCAGGGAGGGCUGGAACAGAUAUGUGUGUGACUGCUCUGGGACCGGAUACCUGGGACGGGCCUGUGAGAGAGAUGCGACCAUCCUGUCCUAUGAUGGUAGUAAGUUUAUGAAGGUCCAGUUGCCCGUAGCGAUGCACACCGAGGCGGAGGACGUGUCGCUACGGUUUCGCUCCCAGCGGGCCUACGGUGUUCUCAUGGCAACAACAUCCCGGAACUCAGCCGACACGCUCCGACUGGAGCUGGAUGGGGGCCGUGUCCGUCUCACUGUCAACCUAGACUGUAUCAGGAUUAACUGUACCGCCAGUAAGGGUCCAGAGACCAUCUUUGCGGGGGUGGGGCUGAAUGAUAAUGAGUGGCACACGGUCAGAGUGGUGCGUCGUGGGAAAAGCCUCAAACUCACCGUCGACGACCUGCAACCUGUAGAAGGUCAGAUGGCAGGCGACCACACCCAGCUGGAGUUCCACAACGUGGAGACAGGCAUUGUGACGGAGAAGCGCUUCAUGCCCGCUGUACCCUCCAACUUCAUAGGGCACCUGCAGGGCCUCACCCUCAACGGCAUGCCCUAUGUAGACCUCUGUAAGAAUGGUGACAUCGACUAUUGCGAACUGAACGCUGUGAUUGGUUAUAAGAGCAUCGUGGCGGACCCGGUGACGUUCAGGUCACGGUCGAGCUACGUGACCCUGCCCACGCUCCAAGCCUACUACUCCAUGCACCUGUUCCUCCAGUUCAAAACCACCUCACCUGACGGACUCGUACUCUACAACCGAGGAGACGGAAACGACUUCAUAGUMGUGGAGCUGGUCAAAGGCUACCUCCACUAUGUGUCCGACCUGGGGAACGGGGCACACCUGAUCAAAGGGAACUCCAACUCUCCUCUGAAUGACAACCACUGGCACAAUGUGCUCAUAUCCAGAGACACCAACAACCUGCACACUGUUAAGAUAGAUACCAAGGUCACUACACAGACCACUAUGGGGGCCAAGAACCUGGAUCUCAAAGGUGACCUGUACGUAGGGGGGGUGGCUAAGGAGAUGUAUAGGGACCUUCCCAAGCUCGUCCACUCCCGGGAAGGCUUCCAGGGUUGCUUAGCAACCGUUGACCUUAACGGCCGACUACCCGACCUGCUGGCUGAUGCUCUAGCUACCACCGGACAAGUGGAGAGGGGCUGUGAAGGUCCCAGUACUACCUGUCAGGAAGACUCUUGCGCCAAUCAGGGCGUGUGUUUGCAGCAGUGGGAGGGAUUUAGCUGUGAUUGCAGUAUGACAUCAUUCGGAGGACCGCUCUGCAAUGACGCGGGGACCACGUAUAUCUUUGGUCGUGAUGGGGGUGUGAUUGUGUACACCUGGCCUCCUAACGAGCGCCCCAGUACACGGGCUGACCGGCUCGCGCUGGGCUUCAGCACACAGCAGAAACACGCUACCCUGCUACGGGUCGACAGCGCCUCGGGACUUGGGGACUACCUACAGCUACAGAUAGAUAAAGGAAAUAUUAGGGUAGUGUUUAACGUGGGAACAGAUGACAUCAACAUUGAAGAGACUGCUAAAUCCGUUAAUGAUGGGAAAUACCACAUAGUUCGGUUUACCCGCAGCGGAGGCAACGCAACCCUGCAGCUGGACGACCUGCCAAUCAUAGAGCGUUACCCCUCAGGCCGCCAGCUGACCAUCUUCAACAGCCAGACGACGGUGAUGGUGGGAAGAGGAAAGGAAGCAGGUCAGUUCCAGGGUCAGAUGGCCGGUCUCUACUACAACGGACUGAAGAUACUCAACAUGGCCGCCGAAGGACACGCCCACAUCCGCCUGGAGGGCAGCACGCGAUUGGUUGGGGACAUGCCCUCCUCCAUCACGCCCCAAUCCAGCGCUGCCGCCGGGGCAAACCGAUCAGACCCCGCCGCCAAUGCCGGCGACAUCACCACGACAACUGCCACAAACAGGAAGCAAGGAGGAGGAACUACGCAGCAGUCGACAGACGACCUGCUGGUGGCAUCAGCUGAGUGUCCCAGUGAUGACGAAGACAUUGACCCAUGUGACCCCAGCUCUGCCCACCCCCCUCUCCCGGAGGUCAAGCCAUUCCCGGGGACAUCAGAGGUAGUGAGGGAGUCCAGCAGCACCACAGGCAUGGUGGUGGGCAUCGUGGCGGCCGCCGCCCUCUGCAUCCUCAUCCUGCUCUACGCCAUGUACAAGUACCGCAACCGCGACGAGGGCUCGUACCACGUGGACGAGAGCCGCAACUACAUCAGUAACUCUGCCACCCAGCCUAACGGCAGCACCAAGGACAAGCCGCUGGGCAUCGCCAAGAUCUCCAAGAACAAGAAGAACAAAGACAAGGAGUACUACGUGUGAGGAGGGGAGGGACACCCUUAUGACAUUUACAUAUACACAUCUACUCUUAUACAGACAUAUGCACACAUACAGGAGGACAUGCCCUGAGACGCACACACACACACACACACACACAGAAAAGAAACACACAGAGACAAAGAGACUGCCAUGAGGGCAGAGACCCAUACUGUACAGUAAUA